AUGCCGGGUGCUCCGUGCCUCGUGGCCAGCCCUUCGGACGUCUCCACGCAGAAGAUUCUUGUUGCGGCCCAUGCGGCGGGCGUAGACUUGCGCCUGGAGGCGCCAAAGACGCCUGGGCCACCAGAAAUUCGUCUUGAAGUCGCAGGAAACAAGCAAUGUGUUCGGUACGCCAACGCAAUUUUGCGCUUUAUCGGCAGAUAUUACGACGGCGUGGAGGUGUACGGAAGCACAUUCUUUGAGUCUGCCGAGGUGGACUCGUGGCUUGACUGGGGCGAGAUGGAGCUCGCCAACCCACCUCUGCAGAUGGAGCAGGCUCUUGAAACUCUGGAGAAGCACUUGGAUCAGCGAGUGUUCCUGGUCGGGCAGCGCUUUACGAUUGCGGAUGCUUCCCUAAGCGUCGCUCUGCACAGCUUGCAGUCGCAGGGGCUGGCCACCUCCCUGCCUCGGGCGACGAAGCGAUGGCUGGGCACCUGCAUGGCUCAGGAGGCCUUCGCCGCGGUGAUCAAGGGCGCCAAGCCCUCGGCAGCCUCGGCCUCCGCGCCCAGCGCGCCCAGCGCGAAGCCGAAGGCUGCAGAGCAGCCCUUCGAGGAUCGCUACAGCAGUGCCGUUGGUGGCCGUUCGGAGAUCAAGCGGAUUGUUGCCGCAGAGGACCAGGGCAAGAGCCUCGUGGGCAAGAAGGUCUCUGUGUGCGGCUGGGUCCGGACGGCCAGAGAGGCAGACAAGGGAAAGAUCAUGUUCGUCCAGCUAAACGAUGGGUCCACUCCCUUGGACAUUCAGGUAGUGAUUGACUCAGGCGCCAAAGGCUUCGACAGUCUCAAGGGCAAGGUGGGAACUGGAGCUUCGAUGAAAUGCACAGGGGAGGUUGUCGCCUCACCCGGUGGAAAGCAAGCAGUUGAGGUGCUGGUGAAGGGAGACGGAAGUGAAGUCAUCCUCUUCGGUGGUGUGGAUGCAAAGGAAUAUCCACUCUCCAAGAAGGGACACAGCCAUGAGUUUUUGCGAUCCAUUGCGCAUUUGCGACCACGGUCGAAUUUGAUCGGCUGUGUCGCACGAGUACGCAGUGCUCUGGCGUACGCGACCCACGAGUUCUUCAGGUCGAACGGAUUCAUGUACGUGCACACUCCGUUGAUCACUGCUGCCGAUUGUGAGGGAGCCGGCGAGAUGUUCCAAGUGACGACCAUGAUGGCCGAAGCUGAGAAGGAUGGCAAGCCGCUUCCCAUGGUCAAUGGCAAGUUUGACUACACGAAAGACUUCUUCCAAAAGCCCGCGUUCCUGACGGUCAGCGGGCAGCUGUCUGUGGAAAACUACUGCUGCGCCUUGUCCAAGGUCUACACCUUCGGACCGACCUUCCGGGCCGAGAACUCUCACACCUCCAGGCACUUGGCAGAGUUCUGGAUGAUCGAACCCGAGCUCGCCUUUGCCGACAUCCAUGACGACAUGAACGUGGCAGAGGACUACUUGAAAUACUGUGUCCGUUAUGUCAUGGAGAACCACAAGCAGGACCUGGAUUUUUUUGAGGACAAGAUCGAGAAAGGGCUGAUAAAGCGACUCGAGAACUUGCUAGCGGAGCCGUUUGCUCGGGUCACCUACACGGAGGCGAUAGACAUCUUGCUCAAGGAAUCGCCCAAGGCCAACUUUCAGGUGCCAGUCGAGUGGGGCAUGGACCUCGGCUCUGAGCAUGAACGCCAUCUGGCGGAGAAGGUCUUCAAGAAGCCAACAGUCGUGUACAACUACCCGAAGGACAUAAAGGCUUUCUACAUGAGACUCAACGAGGACAACAAGACCGUCGCUGCCAUGGAUGUCCUUGCACCAGCGAUAGGGGAGGUCAUUGGAGGUUCCCAGCGCGAAGAGAGGCUGGAUGUGUUGGACAGACGCAUCACCGAAAUGGACCUCAACCCACAGGACUAUUGGUGGUACAGAGACCUGAGACGUUAUGGCUCCGUGCCCCACUCUGGCUUUGGCCUGGGUUUCGAACGGCUGAUCAUGUUGACCACCGGCGUCGAAAACAUCCGCGAUGUCAUUCCUUACCCGCGGUAUCCUGGACAUGCAGAGUUCUGA